AUGGCAGCUACCAAAAAGGCAUCAGGAACCACGAACCUUGGCCAGAUUGCCCCUUUCGAGCUAAGCCACAAGCUGAACUCUAGUGACAGCACCUCGGCCAUCGAUGGAAGAAGUGGCACCAAAGUGGCCAUUAAGAAAUUGUACCGCCCGUUUCAGUCUGAACUCUUCGCCAAACGAGCCUACCGAGAGCUGCGCCUCCUGAAACACAUGAAGCACGAAAACGUCAUUGGAAUACUGGAUGUGUUCACACCAGACGUAACACUGGAGAAGUUUAAUGACUUUUACCUUGUCAUGCCAUUUAUGGGAACAGACUUGAGUAAGAUAAUGAAGCACGAGAAACUAACUGAAGACCGAAUCCAGUUCCUGGUAUAUCAGAUGUUGAAAGGCUUAAAGUAUAUUCACUCAUCAGGCAUAAUUCACAGGGAUCUAAAGCCUGGAAACUUGGCAGUAAAUGAAGACUGUGAAUUGAAGAUUCUGGAUUUUGGAUUAGCAAGGCAUACAGACAGUGAGAUGACUGGUUACGUGGUUACAAGGUGGUACAGAGCCCCAGAGGUCAUACUUAACUGGAUGCAUUAUACACAAACAGUUGACAUCUGGUCUGUGGGCUGUAUAAUGGCUGAGAUGAUAACAGGGAGGCCUCUGUUCAAAGGAAAUGAUCAUCUGGACCAACUCACAGAAAUAAUGAAAAUAACUGGUACACCGACUCAAGACUUUGUUCAAAAACUGCACAGUCAAGAUGCAAAAAACUAUAUCAAAAGUCUCCCAAAAGUCCAGAAAAAAGAUUUUGCAUCCAUCUUGAAGUAUGCGAAUCCUUUGGCUGUAAACCUUUUGGAGAAGAUGCUGGUGCUGGAUGCAGAGAAGCGAGUCACAGCAGCUGAGGCUUUGAUGCAUCCUUACUUUGAACCAAUUCACGACCCUGAGGAAGAAAUUGAAGCUGAGAAAUAUGACGACACAUUUGAUAACAUGGAUCUUCCCCUAGAUGAGUGGAAGCGCAUUACAUAUAAAGAGAUACUGAACUUCAAGCCACCACAGACACUGGAGUCAAAGGAGACAGCAGUGUAA